CGAAUAACCGCAUAACAAUACAGCCGCUAUACUGCCAGAAGAAAAUUGGCCUUUGCGAGCGGAGAAUGCCGAGGAGACCUAGUCGCGCGACGAGAUGUAACAACGUGAUGUGACUUAAGCAACUUAGACAAUUACGAGAUGGCGCUCCGAUCGCAGGUUUGCGCUAGAUGUCGUUGGAAACGGAGGUGUAUCGCUACGCAGUAUCCGUUUUGCGUUGCGUUGACAAAAGGUUUAGAAAAAGGGUGAAGUUUGAGAAUACUUUGUCAAUCGUGGACGAAUAACAAACGUGUCUCGACUGAUAAGUAGCUAACGAUAGUCAACGUAGAAGCAAAGAACGUGACAAGGUAUUAGAUCAAGUUCGAGAAAAAUUUGAAAGCUUACAGAAUGCCGGACAUAUCCAGUAUAUCUCAUUACCCUUUAAAGGUGUCGAAAGAGGAAAGAAUGGUAUUCAAAGCAGCCGCGUAGCGACAGUGGCGCGAGUCAGUGGAGAAAGAGUGGCGCCACUGAUGAACUAUAAGAGCCGCAUCGGUGAGGCGGCGUGGUUCAGUAGUGUGCGUGACCGUUCCGGGAGGAGGGUGACUCCACGCGCGGCCACACCGCGAAACCGUGCCCCACUCGCCUCAACCACGAACGUCCACUCGUUUUCUCGUCUCGUGAAAACAUGGCGGCCAGCGACGACGAGCCGAUGCAUCUCUACGAGGUCUUUCAAAACUGCUUCAAUAAGAUCGCCAACAAGCAUCCUGAAAAAUUAGGCUUCCAGUCGCCGUAUGGCCCCACGAUGGACAAUGGGAUGACGUACGGUGGAGGAACGUUCGGUCCAACGGCAGGAGGGCCAGGCGGGGGGCCAGGGGGAGGUGGAGGUGGUGGCGGAGGCGGGGGUGGCGGGGGUGGUGGUGGAAAUAGCGGCGGCGGAGGCGGUGGAGGUGUCGAGGGCGCCACUUACCCCCCGGACUCCCCGUACUUUCCGUUUGGGAGCCGAGGCGUACCGCCCUCCGUGGGGACGCCCACCCCCGCUGCUAACCCUGCAGCACCUACCGGCAGCAACGGAGCACGGCUACCAAAUUCGACAGCCGGCGCCGCAGCCGUAAAAAGGAAGAAAGACCAGGCCCUCGAUGGUGCGGAUGGCGAAGUCGUAACAACGCAGCACUGGUAUGGCUCGGAUGAAUUCGGUCAGGACUCUCCACGAUACACCUCCCCCAAGGCUGCGGCCCUCUACGCAGAUCCCUAUUAUAUCGAUGGGAACGCUGCAGGAACAGGUCCAGGAGACCCAUGGACGGGAGGUGGCGGCGGUGUCCAGCCUCCGUACAGCGGCUACGCACCCCCUCACCUGGCCCAACCAGCCUAUCCCAUGCACCUACCCCACGACCCCAUGGCAUACUCGGCCAUGUCACCGAACGGAGAACCGGCGGCGCCAAUUCUGGGCUCGGCGGUGACCAGUGCGGCCUCGCUGCCACCAAUGUCGACAUUCCGGGGUAGCGGCGCAGUUGCGGCAAAUAGUGGAACCGGUGCACCAUCCCCGGCAUCGUUGCAAUAUAGUCAUAGUCCUGGUGCACCGACUACCGCACCCUCCGCCCCCAACUCUGCACCCACGACGAACCGACAACCUGCUACGGGGGACAACCUCGGCAUUUCUAUCUCGCAGAUUAACCCCACGAACCAAUCAGUAUCGAGUUAUAGCAGCAACCCAUCCACACCAGUCAGUUCGCCACCACCCUUGACUGGUUCAGCGCCAGGUUGGGUACCAGGUGCUGCACCAGUUUCUCCACAUUUCACGGCGGAUCCCAACCGUGGAACCAUUCACAUGCCGGCGCCUGAACAGCAGAGGCUAGACGAUGCCAUCGGCUUUCUUCGCGACCAUGCCGAGUUGGUACAGGGUACGCGGAUGGAGGAACGACUGGACGAUGCCAUAAACGUGUUGAGGAAUCACGCGGAGAGCCAAUUAGGUCUUCAUUUGGGUCCCGUUGCUCCACACGGUUCCAUCUAUUCCCACACAUCACCACCUCAACUAGACCAUUUGACGAGUCCUCAUCCUGCGGUAACAGUAACGCAACCUCAGGGCUCCUAUUCUGGUCUGACGCCCACGCCCGACACAGACGGUUCCAUCAAAAUCGAAAGGUUACCUGUUACGAAUGCCAAAUACGUCUCUUUAGAAAAGAGAAAGGACCCGCCGGAUAGUAGCGGCGGCGAGACAAAACCCUCGAGCAGCGAGCUUGCAGCAGCGGGUGUGAUCUCUACGUCUCAAGGAAAAGGGACGAAGAGAUCGCGUAGAUAUUGUUCGAGCGCCGAAGACGAGGAUGAUGAUCCCGACGUGAAAGCGCAAAGGGAGAAAGAGAGGCGGCAGGCUAAUAAUGCUAGGGAAAGGAUACGUAUCAGAGAUAUAAACGAGGCUCUGAAGGAACUUGGUAGAAUGUGUAUGACACAUCUAAAGACAGACAAACCUCAAACGAAACUCGGUAUCCUCAACAUGGCUGUUGAAGUAAUCAUGACGCUGGAACAGCAAGUUAGAGAACGAAACCUGAAUCCAAAGGCAGCGUGCUUGAAAAGGAGGGAAGAAGAGAAGGCAGAGGAUGGACCUCACCCUCAUCCUCUUCCCCACGCGCAUUCUCAGCGACUGUUCUCCGCGAUGCCUGGCCCACCACCGCCACUUCAAAACCAUACGACGCAGCCACAGUAGCACAUCCUGUGUUAAGGGGUAGAUACACUGGCUCACGGAAUUUGAACACUUAGCAUAGAAAAUAUUUAUGUUUAUAUUGUGUGUGAUAUAUAGAAUAUUUCGAAAUUUCACUAGCACUGUGACGAGGCCCGACUGUCAUGAUCACGUCGAUCAAAUUCGGGGUCAAUUUGAAAAUGUGUAUACAAGCUACAAGAUAUUCAUUGCAGAUGUGUAUUUAAUAAAAAAUUAUCAUACUGCUUGGAUAGUAUAUGACAAGGACUAUGUAUGGUCCCACCGAAGAUAUUGGAGUUUAUUAAAAUAAUGAUUAAUUCAUUGUUUACUUACUUUUCUGAUCUUUGCGAAAUAUAUACUUGUACUAAAUAUCUUGUAA